CGGCGCCCUGAGGGGAGCGGCGCCCUGAGGGAAAUGGCGGGUACGGCGCUUCCAAGGAUUCCUUGGAAUUUUCCCGCUCUCUGCUGGCUCCUGGCUGUGCCCAUUCCCGGUUCCCUGAGUCUGGAAUGCCGGGAGCACCAAUACCGCUUCCAUGAUAAAUGCUGCAGCGACUGCCCCCCCGGGCAGAGGAUGCGGCGGCGCUGCACGGCCUGGGCCGACACCGAGUGCUCGCCGUGCCAGGACGGCUACUUCAGCUCGCAGCACCACCACGGCUUCUGCCGGAGCUGCACCGUCUGCCAGACCUGGCGGGGCAGUGAGGAGGUGAAGCCGUGCGAGAGGAGCUCGGACCGGCGCUGCCAGUGCCGGGCGGGGUUCGCGCCCAGCGGGAAUGCUGAGGGGAGCGAGUGCUCCCGAUGUCCUGAAGGAACUUUCUCCAGAGGAGGGAACGAGAACUGCCAGCCUUGGACCAACUGCAGCUUUUUUGGGAAGAGCACGCUCCGAGCUGGCUCGGCAACGGAGGAUGCCCUGUGCAGCAGCCCUGGCCUGGAUCCCAUUCCCACGGGAUUCCUGGAAAACAGGGAUCCCGUUCCCACGGCGUUCCCGGAAAACAGGGAUUCCGUUCCCACAGCAUUCCCAGAGAGCAGCUCCAACACGUCCGGUCCCAGGGAGAUUCCCGCGGUUUGUCAGAAUCCCGGCAGCCCCGCGGAGCCUGGCUGGGGUUCUUUGUCCCUGUUCCUGCUGUGCCUGGUCCUGCUGACGGUGAGCGGAAUUUCCAUCCUGCUCCUGCUCAUCCAGGCAGCCCGGAAAAAAACCAGGAAUGGGCCUGGGAGGAGCAUCCAGCACAAGGAGGGGAGCUGCCGGAUUCCUGUCCAGGAGGAGCACCUGGACCCCAAUUCCAGCCUCACCAAGAACUGAUGCCGUUCCCAGCCCUUCCUGGCCUCUCAGAGCCCGGGAAUUCCUGAGGAGUUAAUUGGAGGCCGCUUGAACCCUUCCAUUAACUCAGCGUCUCCCUUGGGAAUUUGGGAGAAUUCCCGAGGGAAUUCUGGGGGGAGUUUUCCCCCCUUUUUGGGCGAAUCCUUGCUCAGAUCCCUGAAAAUGUUCUGGGGAUGAAUUUCUGCUGGAAUUCCCAGCUGGGAAAUCAUGGAAAUCCCGGAGCAGGUGAAACCUGGAACGGCUCCGGGAAGAGAAAAUCCUUGGAUGCUCCUGCUGAGGGGAAAAUGGGAAUUCUCAACCCAAUCCUGGGAUUUUGGGGUUGGAUUUGAACCCAGCUUGUGCUGCCUAAACCUGGGCUCAGUUUGGGGCCCAGAGCUGCAGAAAUCUUGGGCUGAGCACUUCAAAUGCCCCAGGUUUGAUGGAAAAAAGGAAUUUUACUCCUUUAGAGGUUUAAAAUCCUCUCAUAUUUCAUGAAAAAAAAAUUAAUUUUAUUCCUUUAAAGGUUUCAAGUCCUC